ACGGAGUCGUAUAGCAGGACUCAGUUCUGCAAAUGGCCCUGUAAAUGUCCCAAAAUCCCUCCACGCUGCCCCCUGGGGGUCAGCCUGGUUAUGGAUGGCUGUGACUGCUGUAAGACCUGUGCCAGACAGGUGGGGGAGACCUGCAAUGAGGCGGACAUCUGUGACUACCACAAGGGACUCUACUGUGACUACAGCGCGGACAAGCCUAGGUACGAAAAAGGCGUGUGUGCAUAUGUGGUCGGAGUUGGAUGUGAGCACGAUGGGGUGAUUUACCGCAACGGACAGAGCUUCCAGCCCAGCUGCAAGUACAAGUGUCUCUGCGUCAACGGGGCCAUCGGCUGUGUGUCCCUGUGUGACUCCCAGCCGCCCCGUGUCUGGUGCCAGUCCCCUCGGAGAGUCAAGGUGCCUGGAAAAUGCUGUGAGCAGUGGAUCUGUGACGAAGAGUCCAAGAAGGUCCGCAAAACAGCACCCAGGCACACCACUGAAGUUGACCAAGCCGAAAAUGAAGUCUGGCAUAAAAACUGUGUGACCCAGACAACUUCUUGGAGUGCCUGCUCUAAAACCUGCGGACGAGGGCUGUCGAUGAGAAUUUCAAAUGCCAACGAUCAGUGCGAGAUGGUUAAAGAGACACGUCUUUGCAACCUUAGGCCGUGUGAAGUUGACAUAACCAAGCACAUCAAGCCUGGAAAGAAGUGCCUGUCAGUGUACAGGGAAGAGAACCCCAGCAAUUUCACAAUUUCAGGCUGUGUCAGUAAGAUGCCCUACAGGCCUAAGUACUGUGGGGUCUGUACAGACAAUCGCUGCUGCAUUCCAUACAAAUCCAAGACCAUUGAGGUGCAGUUUGAGUGUCCCAAUGGUUCUGUAUUUUCUUGGCAAAUGAUGUGGAUCAAUGCCUGCUUUUGCAACCUGAGUUGUAAGAAUCCCAAUGACAUCUUCGCAGACCUGGAGCGCUAUUACGAUUAUUCCGAAAUCGUGAACUAAGAAAAGGAACGUUUUUUCUGUCAAGGAAAAUGCAGGGUUUUUUUUUUCUUUAAAUUCCCCCCCCAAAAAGACUUUUUCUUCUCUCACUCCUUACCGCUAGGUGUCCACUUCCUUGUCUACUUAAUAGUUUAAAACCCUGAACAACGCUUUUGAGUUUUCUGUGAUGCACCUUCACAAAAAUACUCGCUGAAGAGAAAUUUAGACUUAUUUUUGAAAUGCUGCACUGCACAGUAAAGUGCUUAGAAAAAGAAUGUGCAUCUCUAAAAAAGUAUCUUGUUUCCUAUUGGAAAAUAUAUAUUUAUAAAAAAAAGAAAAGAGGAUUAUGUUAAUGACGUUGUCCUGGGUAGGACAUAACUGCUUUUAUAAAUCUGUUCAGAUCCAUUGGUAGAUCACAUAUGUCUCUUGCCUUAAUGUCUUAGAAAUACCAGUAUCUUGUACUGUUAUUUUUGGUUUGGUAGCCAACAAUGCCUGGAAGAACUUACACAAUCUUACUGUCUGAGAAGUGGGAAUAUUAACUGCAUUUUACAGCCUACAAAUGUAGGCCAGUAUAUUACUCCUCCUCACUCCUCUACGAUUAUAUUAGGAUAUAAUCAAACCUCACCACAGCAACACUGUAGCUUAGCUUAAAGCAAUCUUUAUGGAAAAUAUCAUGUCUGAAUAGCAAAAAUCCCGACUUUGACAGCAUACAAAAGAAGGUAUGACCACAAAGUGAUAUAACAGACUUUCUUUAUUGCACCAGAGAAGUAGUUUAAGCAUUGACCAUUCAUUUUUAUUGUGUUGUAUCCUCUCUGUUGUGUUUGUUGUUGUAGAGUUAUGAAAAUGUGCUAGAUACAGCACUCAUGUUAAAAUGUAACUAAUUUUAGGUUAAUAAGGUUUUAAAAUUCAGAUGCUAACUAAACCGUGGACUUCCUUAUGAAACCCAGGUCACAGGGCUUCUGAGCACUAUAUCAUAAAAUCUGAAAUAAUAUUCAUUACUUUUUGUAGUAGUUGCUUUGAAAAUUGAUAUUUGACAAUACUGAUAUUCAAUGACUAUGUUGAACUGGAGCUUGAUUAAACAAUGAUGAAAUUUCAAAAUUGUAAAAUCCAAGAUUAGCGACAUUCCUCUGUCUCCACACAUUCUGGAUUCUCUGCCUCAGAAACAUCUUUCUCUCAACCAUACACAGUUCCGGGACCUCAAGCUGAAAGUUUAAACGCUCUUGGUUCCGAGAGCUUCCACUUGAGAAAACUGCACAGCGUUGCUUGGCAAAUUUUAGGUGCCUCCUUUGGAAAAAAAAACUAACUGAGCUCCUGACUGCAGUGAUACGAACAAAUAAGCACAUGGAUAUCAACACUAAUAGGGCACUGAAGCUCUUAAUGUUAAUAUUCUACUGUUGGAAGUUAUGACCUAGUGCUCAGGAAUCCUUUAAACUUACGAUUUGUAGAGACCUAACCUGUUAAAUUGUGGCCCUCUCAAAGACCUGAGGACCUCUACGCUAAACUAUACAAUAGAGCAGUUGCAUUUUUAUAAUGAAAAGGAACAAAUUAUACAGUUUUGCUUCAUAUACAGUACAAGAGAUAUAGCUUGGAUUGAAUCUUCAUAUUCUUACUAAAAUAUUCUUCCCCAAUUUCUUUUUUUCUAGAAUGGAAAUCAAGAACAGAAAAUACACAAAAUCACAUUCUCACAUGCUGUAUCUACAGGUUAGUUUAAUAACUGUAAAUAUUGUUGUAUUACAUAUCCAAAACAUUUUUAUUUAUUUUCUCUUUUGACACAUUCCAUUUGUUUCGGUAUGAUUUUGUUUUUCCAUCGUUACUCUUUGCUCAUUUUUAUUUGCUUCCAAAACUAGAAAAGUCAAUUUUUCUGUUCCUCUCCAAUUCAAGCCAUGUGUACUCUUUGUCACAGAGACAGAUUAAAAUGCUUUCCAGGUACAGAAUUUAUUUAUAUAUAUAUAUUAUUCAUAGAGAUCUAAUGUGUUAUAAACUGUAUGUUUAUAACUGCAAUGGGGAAAAAGUAAACAGAAAAUACUUAAUUUUCAAACCUGCUGCUCAAAACUCUAUGAUGGCGAUUUUUGGAGAAUGGUCUCCAAACUGAGGUUGUUUGUAUAUUUUACACUAAUAUAAAAGAAGCAGCAGAAAAGAGACAGCACCAAGUGCAUGUAAAGAAAAUAUCUAAUUUUAGUUUUUGUUUUAUAUCAGGGACUCAAAAUAUAAAAAGAAAGCUUUGUGAAGUGUUUUAAUUCAAAAUUGUAUAAAGUCAAUAUUACAAAUAAACAGACAUUUCAAAGUUGAAUACAAGUGCUUCUUGGUUAUACUAUUUUCCUUGCACUUAAAUUGUGUUUAUUGCAUUUCCAUAUUUACAUUCAUGUUCAGCCACUGUACUACAGAAAACUCCACUGACAGGAAGAGAAAACAAAGCGUUGCGAAUAGAACAGAUUGAUCAUGCAAUGACAUAAGUUUUAUCAUGAGGAACUGAAUUUCUUGCAGGCUUUUCAGCACUAACUGGUUCCAGAGCUAGUGCUACUUCUGCAAAGGCAGACUGCAUGCUAUUUCUUAACCUUUAAACAUUAUUUUCCCCAACCAACAGCUUCACGUUUUACUCCCACCAAAGUGAGCUAGGCCCAACCAUCCAGUAUACAGAUGUGGAAGAAGAACUGAUUCACUGUCAGAGAACUUAAAAGUCUGAAGCAUUGCUUCAUCAGUUCACAUUUCUGAAUCAGUAGCUACAUUUGGAGUGUCAGAACCACAUCUGCUCAUUUAGAGGAAUAAACCCGCUUAAAUGUAGCUCAUCUCUUAUUUUAUCAAUAAUUAAAAGUACAACAUGCUAGUGGUAGAAUAAAUCAGAUUAAAUUGUUAUAAAAUGCAUUCCUUGUCAUAACUGCAUUUCCUGCUGUAAAGAGCAGCAUUGCAUACUCCUCUAUUGUGGGCUCAACCUCCGUUCCCUAUAGUUCCUCGGUAAACUGCUAUUGUACGACAUCUUUCUGGACACUUCAUCUAACCAUUUAUUCCUUGUCUUUCAAAUAGAUAAUACGCAGAAAACUUAAAAAGCCAAAGCUCCCCAAGAUAUAUUAACUUAUUUUAUUUUAGUAAGGCUCUUAAAGAGUAUUUUACUAUUACAAAUAAAAACAAAUCCAAAUUCAAACCAAUUUUAGUAUUUUUCCAUGAAAACUUUUUUGGUUCAGAGUUGACGAGAUAUGCAGUAUGUCUAUCAAAGUGUCAGUACAAUUGGUUGAAGCUCAGGAAAUAAUUUAAAAUAGCAAUUAUUAAAUGGAAUCUAUUAAGUGAAAUUCAGGACGGAUGACAACAACAAGUUAAUCUCACUCGCCUGCACCAAAUCGCCAACAUUAUGAAAUUCGCUACAGUAUAUAUACAGUACAGUACCAAACUCAAUCACCUCCCUUCACGUUCGUCUCCAGCGUCCCUCCUCCACCACAUGUCCACCUUGCAGCUGCCCCUUGGUUCACUCAGCCUGAAUGGAGUUCGAGUCUCCUCGUCCUGUGGCCAGGAGGCGGCCCGUUAACCAAGUGCCUCAAGCCAAACUUUUCUCACCAAGUAUUUCAAGCAUUCAAUUCUUGGAUGUUGCCAUCCCUAGUGAAGUUCAAUUAAAAUUACAAAAACACUUUCAACACUUAGUUAAUUCUGUUAAUGUAGCUGCUG